AUGGAGAAAAAGGAAGAGUCUUCAUCUCUUUCAUCCAUUGCUCUAUUUUUGGCUUUUUACAUCACAACCGAGGUCCAGCACAAGUUUACCGGCAACAGAAGGUCUAUAACUGCUUACAAAGCUCAUGAUACCUACCGUCACCGGAGAAUCCUCUCCGCCACUGACCUCCCUCUGGGUGGCAACGGCAGCCCCUCCGCCGCCGCGCUAUAUUUCACGGAAAUUCAAAUCGGAACUCCACCACAGAAAUAUCAUGUGCAAGUCGAUACUGGAAGUGACCUCUUAUGGAUAAACUGUAUCGGAUGUCAAAAUUGUCCCCAAAAAAGUGACCUUGGAAUUGAACUUGCAUUUUAUGAUCCAAUGUCCUCCACAAGCUCCCAAAUGAUUACUUGCGAUCAAGAUUUUUGCACAACGACCCUCGAUGCCUCUAACAAAGCUUGUAUUAUUGGAAUGCAAUGUUCAUAUCUUGUUAGAUAUGGUGAUGGGAGCUCAACAAAAGGGUAUUUUGUUAGAGAUAAUGUGAAGCUCGAUAGGGUUUCGGGGAACCUUCAAACCGCAUCCAUGAAUGGAAGCAUUACUUUUGGGUGUGGGGCCCGACAUUUUGGGGGACUAGGCUUAUCCCAACAAGCACUAGAUGGGAUUCUAGGGUUUGGUCAAGCAAAUUCUUCGAUAAUUUCGCAGCUUGCUUUGGCUAAAAAGGUAAAAAAGACAUUUUCGCAUUGUUUGGCUAGUUCUAAAGGAGGUGGGAUUUUUGCUAUUGGAGAAGUGGUGUAUCCGAAAGUGAAAACAACACCGAUUUUACCCAAUGAGAUACAUUAUAAUAUUGAAUUGAAGGCAAUUGAGGUGGGUGAUGAUUUCAUCCAACUUCCAACAAAUAUAUUCAACACACCUUCCAAACGAGGAACAAUAAUUGAUAGUGGAACAACCUUGGCUUAUUUUCCUCAUGUCAUUUACACCCAACUAAUGCAAAAGAUUAUGGCCACACAAACAAAUAGAGUGCCUCAUACAAUUGAUCAUCAGUUCAAGUGUUACAGAAACCCCGGAAAUGUUGAUGAUGUGUUUCCAAUGGUCACAUUUCACUUUGCAAAUUCACUUCCGUUGAAAGUUUAUCCCCAUCAAUAUCUUUUCCAAAUUCAGUCUAAAGAUUGGUGCAUUGGUUUUUUGAGCAACGGGUUGCAGCCAAAGGAAGGAAAAGAUUUGACCUUGUUGGGAGAUCUUGUAUUAACAGACAGGUUGGUUACGUAUAACAUGGAAGAUCAAACUAUCGGAUGGAUUGAAUAUGAUUGCUCAUCGAGCAUCAAAGUGAAAGAUGAAGAGACGGGGAGGGUGUACCAGGUUGGGUCCCAUGAUAUUACACCAUCGUCCGGUUGUAAACAUGAGUGGUUUAUUGUGUGGUUGGUGUUUAUAAUAGCUACUAAAAUAGUUGUGUAUUAGAAACCAUUGACCAUAGUUGUAACCAUGGUCAAUGGUUGUGUUUAAUAAGAGGGUGUUUGGCAUAGC